GGUAGUUUUGAAGAGUCAACAGUUAGUCGUCUGAUCUCGCAAUCUGCACAACCAGCACAAAAUUCAAAAACACACAAUCAACAUGAAAUUCGUUAUUGUUUUCGUCGCCCUCUUCGCUUUGGCCUUUGCCGCCCCCGCUGAUGUCGAAGUCGUCGAAUCGAGAUCCGUUGUCGAGCCAGAGAGCUACGACUUUGCCGUGAAGACCAGCGAUGGUACCUCAAAACAAGAAUCCGGUCAAUUGGUUAACGCUGGUGCUGAGGAUGAACACAUUUCUGCCCGUGGUUCUUACUCUUUCGUCGCUGAUGAUGGUCAAACCUACACCGUCACCUAUGUUGCUGACGAGAACGGUUUCCAACCACAAGGUGCUCAUUUGCCCGUUGCACCUGAGGCAUAAGCUGUUACGCCUUAAUUGGACGUGAUCUGUUAUUUGUUUUGAUAAAAAUAAAAAAGAAAUUUGAUUGUUGAGCAAUUAAA